AUGGUUGACGCCAGUAUACACGAUACCCAACUAACGACAAUUGACCAAUCUGCUCGACCAACUGAGCUAGUCGCCGGCAACAGCGGCGUCCCAGCCUACCACGCGAUUCUCGGUCGAGAAUCCAGAGAAGAGGCUGGCAUCGCAGCAAAUGUUGGCGAACUGCCAGAGCAUAACUUCGCCCCCGUUGGUAUCUCCAAGUCGUUGACCAUCCGCCUUUACGCCUCCCACUUCCUGUCAACAUGGAAUUCCCGCUUAUUCGAGGCCGCUGUCGUCUACUUCCUCGCCUCCAUCUUCCCUGACAACCUUCUGCCCAUCUCCGUCUACGCCCUAACUCGCAAUGUCGCCGCAAUUGCCUUUACCGUACCCGUGGGCAAUUGGAUCGACCAGGCCAACCGUCUAACCAUUGUUCGCACCUCCAUUGUCAGCCAGCGCGUCGCUGUCGCCGCUUCAUGCGGCCUCUUUUGGGUCAUGUUGGAGCAGCCCCUCAGUACCCAGGCGCUGGAUGGGCUCUUCUCAGCCACCGUGAUUCUGGCCUGCGUGGAGAAGCUUUCUGCCGGGGUGAAUCUGGUCUCGGUCGAGAGAGAUUGGGUCGUUGUCAUCACUGAGGGCAACGAGGCCGCUCGGAGGAUGAUGAAUGCUCGAAUGCGCCGCAUCGAUCUGUUCUGCAAGCUGCUUGGCCCUUUGACUAUCGCCCUGAUCGCCGCAGCAUCUGUCCCGACUGCUGUUUGCUCGACUCUCGGUAUGCACCUGGCGUCAGUUCUGGUGGAAUACCUUUGUAUUGAGACGGUAUUCCGCAGGGUUCCAGCUCUCCGCCGUUCCACGAGCACGUCGAACCACCAGCAAUUGCCGUACACCACUUUCCGACAGCGGUUUCAGCGUAUAGCAUCGCAGAUCCUAAUGAUACCCUCCUUACGUCUGUACUUUGGCCACCCAGCAGUUAUUCCGUCGCUUUGUCUCUCUCUACUAUACCUCACGGUGCUAUCGUUCUCUGGCCAGAUGCUGACAUACCUGCUUGCUUCCAACAUCAACUUGUGGCAAGUAGGCAUCAUACGCGGUGUCUCGACAAUAUUCGAGCUCAGCGCUACCUGGAUCGCACCCCGCCUAAUGAAGCGCAUUGGCGUCAUCCGAACGGGUUUGUGGUCUAUCAGCUGGCAGAUGACGUGGCUUGCCGUUGGUGUCUCAUGGUUCUUCUACUAUUACGGGCGUGGCUACCCAUUGACCAACCUUAUGCCAGCUGCAGGACUCACCGUUGCUGUGGCUUUAAGUCGUAUUGGCCUCUGGGGGUUUGACCUAUCGGCGCAGAAUAUCGUGCAAGAUGAAGUCCAAGGCGAUCGCAGGGGAAUAUUCUCCACUACCGAGACCUCGUUCCAGAACGUGUUCGACAUGUUUGCAUGGGCCCUGACGAUCAUCUGGUCAAAACCAAGCUCGUUCCAGUGGCCAGUCCUUGUCAGCGUUGCAGCUGUCUAUCUAGCGGGUGGAUUCUAUGCCUCUUUUUUGCGCCGGCGUAGGGGACAUCUCAUCCAUGUACCGUCGUGUCUCGAUCCUAAAGUAGAUGUAUAA